AUUUUCAUUGAGCUGUUCAUCCAACAGAAGGCUCCAGAACAUAUCAGGGAGAGGUGGAAAGAUACAGAGCUCGAGCACAUUCAGCACAAGAGGCGGGAGAUUAAGUGUUUCCGCGAGAGCCAAAGCGCAAACCAGGAGCACCACGCGCUGCACUUUCAAACAGACCAGCGCAACUCGCUAGCUGCUCCCCCUCCGCUGUCCGCUCCUCUAUCAGACCCACGGGACUUCACUGGUUCAUCCCUAACCCGACAGGCUCAUCUCAUCGGACCGGGAGACCGGGCGAACCCAGGAGUAGGGGGACACUGAGCCGGAGUUGGAGGGGGGACAUGCUCGCUCAGCAACCCAGCAGAGCUUCUCCACGGUGGGCCAAGCUGUGACAGAGGGCCUCUCUUCGGUGAGCCAACCCGCAACCCUGACCGCUCCAGCAGGCCUCACUCCCAGUCCUAACUACUGUGUGUGCCAGGACCAGGCCACCUCCAGCUCAGGCCAGACCACGUCUACCCCAGGCCAGCCCAGAGUGGGUCAGCCCCAGCCCAACCCACCUCUUCCCCAGCCCAGUAGCGGCCCAGGCCCAGGCUCCAGAAGCAUGGCCUUCACCCUGUCAGAGAUCAUGGCUGCGCGGCGGCAGCAGCAGUCCCAGGCCCAGCGGGCGGCAGGCAGGGCGGCCGUGGAGGUGGAUGAAUACAGCACCAACCCCACCCAGGCCUUCACCUUCUACAACAUCAACCAGGGACGCUUCCAGCCCCCGCACGUACACAUGGUGGACCCCCUGCCCCACGACACUCCCAAGCCGCCAGGUUACACCCGUUUUGUGUGUAUCUCAGACACCCACUCCCGUACGGACGCCAUUCAGAUGCCCUAUGGAGACGUGUUCAUCCAUGCUGGAGACUUCACAGAGCUGGGCCUGCCCUCUGAGGUCAAGAAGUUCAAUGAUUGGCUAGGCACCUUGCCCUACGACAUAAAGAUAGUGAUUGCAGGGAACCAUGAGUUGACCUUUGACCAGGAGUUCAUGGCUGACCUGAUCAAGCAGGACUUUUACUACUUCCCGUCGGCCUCCAAGCUGAAACCAGAGAACUACGAGAACGUCCAGUCCCUGCUCACCAACUGUAUCUACCUGCAGGACUCAGAGGUCACCGUACGCGGCUUCCGCAUCUACGGCUCCCCCUGGCAGCCAUGGUACUAUGGCUGGGGGUUCAACCUGCCAAGAGGUCAGGCUCUGCUGGACAAGUGGAACCAGAUCCCCGACUCCACCGACAUACUGGUCACACACUGCCCCCCACUGGGGUUCCUGGACUGGGUUCCUAAGAAGAUGCAGCGGGUGGGCUGUAUGGAGCUGCUCAACACUGUCCAGAGGAGAGUACAGCCCAAGCUGCACGUGUUCGGACACAUCCACGAAGGUUAUGGUAUGAUGACAGACGGCACCACCACGUUCGUCAACGCCUCGGCCUGCACCGUCAACUUCCAGCCCAUGAACCCGCCCAUCGUCUUCGACCUGCCCAAUCCCACCAGGACCACAUGACUAGAGAAGCCCCGCCCUGCUGAGCCCCCCUCCAAUCAGGAGCCAAGUGGUGGGAAGGCAGAUAGGUGAGGGUGGUGGGCAGGUGUUGGUGGAGUACGGUAUAUAGUCAGGGCUCUAACGGAUGCUGUGUGUGUGUGUGUGUGUGUGUGUGUGUGUGUGUGUGUGUGUGUGUGUGUGUGUGUGUGUGUGUGUGUGUGUGUGUGUCCAAGUCUCUUACAGACGAUGUGUGUGUCUAAAGAGACGGGCGCUGUUGCCAAUCCUCACUUGGCAAAUCCAUCGAUGUUCUUUUAUAUCUGUCAUUCCUUUAUUUCAACAAAAGCUCUUACAAACUCGAAGGUAAGGCAAAAGACAGACCCCAGAUGCCUCGUCUAUCAUAUGAAUAUGUCAGCAUUAGUCUGUAAAUCUUCUGUUGCACUUCUACUGCACUGACAAUCUGGCCUGGCUGUCAGGUAGAGAAGAGGACAGGGGGAACUUUGUCUGCUGUGUCAUUGUUUUUCUCUCAGAAGAAGACACUGGAUAACUCUCAUUCUCUCCUUGCUUCCUCAUAGAGGACUCUGUUAAAGCCACCAGUGGAAGUGGCUCAUUGGCGACGUUUUGACAUUGUGACAGUGUGGUCCACCGUUCAUUUGAGACCUUCCCUGGGGAGUGAUUGAACACUUACAGAACAUUAACCCAAUGUCCAUGUUUGACUUUGUGGAGCUGUUUGCCAGCACAGAAAGGAUACCCCUGACAGUACUCUGAUAUCACACUUCCUGCGCUGAAGAUUAAAACACUGCUUUCCCAUCAUCCCUUUUUCUCUUGAUCCCUCUUUUCCUCUGCCCCUCUAGUUUCACUCUCCUCUCUCUCUCUCUCUCUCUCUCUCUCUCUCUCUCUCUCUCUCUCUCUCUCUCUCAGGCCUUGGGCAUGGUGGUGUGUGUGUGUGAGAUCAAAGUGUGUAUGUGUGUGUGUGAGAGAGAUCAAAGUGUGUGUGUGUGUGUGUGUGUGUGUGAGGGCAGCGGGAGGUCUCUGCCACGGGCUGUGUGUGAGUAUAAGUGUCAAACGUGUUGACACCACUCCCCUGGGUCUCAUUACAACUCUCACUCUUAAGCCUCUUACCAGGGGAGAGGGAUCUCUUCUCUUCCUCUCUUCCCUUCUGUUUUUUCCCCCUCUCUCCUUCUUUCCCCCCUCCAUCCCUCGUUGCAUGUGUAAUAAGCUCAACCGUCUCAUCCCUGGCUCAUGUGCCGUGAUCCUGACAAGUUUAUUCCGAGGUCACCGGCUGAGAAGUCUGCAAGAUUUUGAUUCCUGGUACGGAAUACUGGAAAUACGUAAUAGCCAACGGAGCGGAUUGGCAAAUGUGUUCACUCCCGACCCUGUACAGAAGCAGCGGUGUCUGGAAUGUUCUCGCUGCUCCAUGGUGCCCUUUCUGGGAGAGAUGUAUCAUGGGAAUGAACUUUGAACUCUUAGUGGACCAAUGGAUGACGAUGAGGUGUAGGCCUAAUGUACCGUAACUGGUCAAGAAGUCGGAACUGUACAUCUACGUCACGUCAUUGUAAAAACAUGUUAGCAAUCAAGGAUUACUUCAAAUGUUGUUAAAUAUGUGUGUGUGUUGUUAAAAAAGAGCCAGUGCAGAAACAAUGUUUACAUUUUAUUCUAAGUUCAGUUCUUUCUUGUAUAGGCUAAUAAAUGCUUAUUACUGUAUAAUAAUAUCUGCACUAUGUUACACUCUAAAAAUGCUGGGUUGUUUGGUUGACUCAACUCACGAGUUCUUUUCUUUAAAAACUUCAGGGUUAUUGACGCUGGGUGCUGGGUUAUUGCUGCCGGGUUAUUGAGUUAUGACCCAGCGGGUCAGAUCAGAAGACAGGAGGCGUAGUUUAGUAGGGGCGUGGCUUUCAGAUACUGUAGUUCUGUUCAGCCAGCCAUGAGAGUAAAUUACAUCCCUGUUUAUCUGUCCUGUUGCAUAGUUAUCACAUAUUAAGGUCGAACAUUUAAAAUUUUGUAGCUUCAAUGACGCUUACAGAAGUGUAUAAGUUCCCUAAAACCUAUGUAAAUCCCAUUGUUGGGAUACAAUAAGGUGGUAUACCUUAUAAUAUAUAAUCUUAAUAUUACAGACGAAUGUGUGAAAAACAUGUUAUUGACAUUUUAAUUUGCAGUAUGUAAAUUUAUGAUGAUGAACAGGAAUGACAUUUACUCUCACGGGUGGCCAAUAAGAUCUAGCUGAAAGCCACGCCCCUAAUAAACCACGCCUCCUGAAAAUAGCCUAAGGAUUACGUUAAAUAAGACCCAGCUUCUAGGUCAACCCAGCAUGAGAGUCAAAAAUACCCAGCUGAUGGUUACAUUAACCCAUGUUUGGGUAAUCCCAACAACCCAACAUGUUGGGUCAUUCAUGCAACCCAACUGGCUUGGACAAAAUAACCCAACAUGUGUUCUGUCCACUAUUUAACCAACGCUAAAUUGGGUUGUUUUUAGCCGCUAAUUUUUUUGAGUGCACGGGGUUACCCACACCCCGUGUAGCUAUUAUUAACUCUUUCAUGUUGUCAAGCAGUUGUCUGCGUAAAAAAGGGUAACAGUUUUCUUUCGAAAGAACUUGUGAAUGAGCGUCCUUCCUCUGCUCGUCUGGAAGCCUUUGGUUGGCUAGCUGAGCUCAAAGUGUGGUUAGCAUAACAUGACAACAUCCCUGUUUGAUCUCUCUCUGCUCUCAGACAUUAUAUAUGAACAUCCCCUCUGGCUAUGUUUUAUUCCCAGGGUCACUGGGCUUUCACUGCUGUUCUGCACAUUGUGCUAGCUGGGCUACGUCUUAAUGGGGCAGAUUAGUGGGCUGUUGUAGGAAUAGGAUAGAGUGUUUACAGAUAAGUGGGGGGGGGGGUCAGUGUCUGUAUCAUCGUACUUUCUUUUAAGGAUUUCUGCGGGGGAAAAUGUCUGGGUUUUUUUUCGCCAUUUCUUACUAUUCUCUUUCAACCAUAACUUUGAAAUGACUCACUUUUUAUGCACUGUGCCUCAAUAGCUGUAUUCUGUAUUUCCUGUUUUCUUUGAAAACUCUGAAGUUUUGCCGUUGUAUUUCUCGUUCGUUCCUUGGGGCAUGCUGUUCUGAAUCUAAUAACUUUUGAUGACAAUCUGCUUGUAUUGUAUAUCAUUGUUACCAUUGUUUGGGAUAUACUAACUAUUGUUUUUUUUAUUGCUUUAAUGAUGUACAAUAUUUUUUCAUGUGAAAAGAGAAAAAAAUCCAACCAUUUUAGAAUGGUAUUGUAUAAUGUGUUGCCCCUGGAGACAACUCUGUAAAUGUAAAAUACCUUUCUUAAAACUACCUGCUUCUGGUUUUCUGAGAGAUUAUCUACACAAAUUUAAUUAAACCUUAUCUGUGACCAAUG